AUGUACCAAAAGGUCUUCGAUUUGUCAAACUCACAGAGGAAAAAAUUGGAAAAUUCAUCCCAUUGAAUUUCUUUUAGUGGACCCUCUCUCCCGUUCUCUCCCUGCCACAAGACGAAGGAAAACUAUCUCCAGUUUCUGGAAUAUGCCACUCUCAAGUACCAAAAUACCAAACAUACCCUCCAAUUAUUCUCACGGUCAAAAAGCAAAUCCCAAAGACUCAUUUUGGUGAGUGACCCAUGAGAAUACUGAAUAUAAUUACAUACAUGAACCAUAAGACUCACCCAUUACUCAAAAAUAGACCUAUUGCUCUGAAAUUUUUAGGGCACCAAAUUUGAAUUUAGUUAAGGACAUAAUGGCCAUUCAUGAGACAUAAUGGCCAUUGAUGAGACAUAAAUGGCUUUUAGAGCAUUUAAGCCUUAGGGUGGACCAGUCAUACCUGUAACGUACCCAAAAUUUUGAGUCUUUUCAAAUUAUAGAGCCAUUUUAUUACUAUUUCCACCACAAUAUGUUGUCAGGAAUCUGCAAAAGAAAGAAACUCCCCUGUAUAUAAGAACUUCAAUUCUUAAUGGCUCUUCAAGGAGCUUUUGGGUGAGCUCGACAAUGGCUGUUUUACGUAAGAGCUUCAGCUAUCCCCCUAACCCCAAAUUGUUGGUUUUCAUGGCCUUCAUGGUGUUCUCUCUCUCCUUCUGCUACUUUGCAGGCAACCCAGUUCAUGUGUUUCAAUUCUCUUCAACAUGGAAUCUGGGGAUUCAUAGUUUAUGGAUAGCUAAUCCUGAGACUGCAGGACUUGAGGGGGUACUGGAGAGAGCUGCGAUGCUGAACAAAACAGUUAUCAUAACCACACUAAAUGCAGCAUGGGCAGCUCCAAAUUCAAUCAUUGAUCUCUUUCUCAGAAGUUUCAAGAUUGGUGAAAACACAAAUGACCUUCUCAAACAUCUAGUGAUCGUGGCCCUCGAUCAAAAGGCAUUCAAAAGAUGCAAGUCUAUACACAGCCAUUGUUUCUUCCUCGCCACUAAAGGAAUCGACUUUUCCAGGGAAAAAUCAUUUAUGACCGAAGACUACUUAAAAAUGAUGUGGAGGAGGAUCAAUUUCCUCAGAAUUGUCCUUGAGCUGGGUUAUAGCUUCGUCUUCACGGAUGCAGAUAUAAUGUGGUUUCGAGAUCCAUUCCCACAUUUUUCAGAGAAUGGUGACAUCCAAAUAGCAUGUGAUUUUUUUUUAGGCAAUUCAUCAGACCUAAACAAUUUGCCCAAUGGAGGGUUUAAUUAUGUGAGAUCGAAUGAUAAAACAGUUCGCUUUUACAAGUACUGGUACAUGGCUAGGAAGCAAUACCCUGAUAAGCAUGAUCAGGAUGUGCUCAAUGAAAUCAAACAUGAUGACAUUAUCAUAGACACAGGGCUUAAGCUGAGGUUUCUCGAUACCGUUUACUUUGGUGGGUUUUGCCAACCAAGUAGAGAUCUGAACAAGGUCUGUACAAUGCAUGCAAACUGCUGUGUCGGUCUUAGCAAAAAACUCCAUGACCUGAAAGUAGUUCUUGAGGAUUGGAGCAAUUUUAAGGCAUUGAAGGCCAAAGAUAAUUUAGAUAAAGAGGGAUCCUGGAGGGCCCCACAGAAAUGCAGAUGACAACUGUUGUUUUCCUUUGUAUUGUUUA